UAUUCUGUGUAACUUCCACACGGCAGGAACAUGGCAGACGAGUACGGACGAAAAUGGGACCGUUGUCUUGCUGAUACAGCCUUGAAAACAGUAACAGGCCUUGGGGUUGGCAUUGUGUUGUCCGUCCUUAUCUUUAAACGUCGCGCAUGGCCAGUGUCAUUCGGUUCAGGCUUGGGUUUGGGAAUGGGAUACAGCAACUGCCAGCAUGACUUCAAGUCACCAUAUCUAAUUCACGGUCGGAUGGUUAAGGACCAGUAAUGGACUGAAGAAAGGAAUGUGUUUCUCAUCUAUUUGUUUGUCUGCGUGUUUCUUUCCUGGCACUAACAUCCAACGAUGCACAUAUUGUGUUUAUCAAGGGGCAAAAAAAAUAUGUAUAUAUACAUAUAUAUUUAAUAAAGUCAUUCUGGAAAGCAA